GUGCAUUUGAGGUGCUACACCGAUCACUGUUCCACAGCGAAUCACUUCCUUCGCCUCAGCUGUCCGCCACAAUUCCUCUCCCAACCCACGAACCCAGACUCACCCAGGUCCCCGCGACAACCCCCGCCUCCACCAUCCUUGAGAUCCUCCUCCGAGAAGGCGGCCUCAUCGUCGAACAAAUCGUCAAUCAUUCCGUCCUCGACGCUGUCCAGGACGAAUUACAGCCCCGCAUCCGCGCUAAGAGACACACAGGCGGAGCCUUCUCGGCCAACGCGCGCUAGGUCGCCGGUUGAGCCGGCAAAAGCCGCACCUUUGCGACAAAACUUCUGACAAACCCGCUCUAUGAAGAAGUCGUUGACCUGCUGACGGGAAAGACCACGACCGUCGCGCACAGCGGCACUGAGAUGAGAUGAGAAUAAUCGUGUCCCGCCCGCAGCUGACGAACUCGAUGGCAUUUUACCUGGGCCCUGGCUCUAAAGCCCAGGGCCUCCAUCGCGACGACCGGUGCCAUUAUACACGACACCCUGCCCGAUACGAGACGGACAAUGGGAUCAAGUUCGCGGGUACGAAGUCGUACAAGGCCAACGGCGUGACGAAUGUGGUGCCCGGGUCGAAUCACUGGGAUGACCAUCGUAAGCCAAACCCUGAGGAGGCGGUUCCGGCGGAAUUGGAGAAGGGGGAUGCUCUUAUCUGGCUUGGAUCGACGUAUCAUGGUGCGGGUUUCAACUCGACCAAGGACGAAAUGUCGCCUCCUCCUGGCGGCACUUACAACUCCCGGGUGGUGUCGCCAGGACGAGAAGCAGUAUUUAGCUUACCCUCAGGAGGUUGUUGACGGCUACUCCGUCGAGGUUGCGCAGGUUUUGGGAUACUGUCCCGAUGGAUGAGGUUUUCCCAUUCAGCCGACCGAACGGUGGAAGAUGAUCUCUCGGAUUGAUGAAGGGGUUUUUCUUCUAGCGGAAACUCGUAUGCAGCCUGAUCCAUGUGAAAGACCUCAUCUCUACGGUUAUGGUCAGGUAUCCUCUAGGCGGUCUCCCACUGCAAGUCUAGUAUUGACUCUUUAUGCUGGGAUAGUUCAUAUCAUAGAAAUGUCACGGGUUGCUCG